GUCAUAAACUGGCUGCCAUCAAGUGUUCAAUCUCUGACACCGAUAAACUCCAUUGGUACCUUCGUGGACUUGGACCUGCUUUUUCUCACUUCUCCCUUCAUCAAAUUCGCCAACAUCCCACUCCAUUGCUCAGUGAUGUAAUUUCUGAAGCUAAAAGUUGUGCUCUUUUUCAGAAAUCUCUUGAGGAACCUUCAUCUUCUCCAACUGUAGCCUUUGCCGCAUCAUCUGCUUCUGCAUCAGGCCGUCUCCAUCAUCCUAAGUCAUCUGGCCCACCCAAUAGUCGUUCUGGAACUCGCCCCUCUGCCCACCGAGUCUCUACUGGGCCUCGUCACAAUAAGGCAAAUCGCCGAUCCUUUGCCCCGCGCUGUCAAAUUUGCCGCACCGAAGGUCAUUUUGCAAGUGAUUGUCCUGAUCGUUAUCAUCGAUCUCAUUCAGACAACACUCAUGCCAACCUUGCUGAGGCUUUUCACUCCGUUUCCUUACAGUCAUCUGACUCUCCUGAUUGGUAUAUGGACUCAGGUGCUUCUUCACACAUGACUCCUACCUCAUCUCAGCUUGCCUCGGUUUCUCCUUACUCGGCACAAGAUCACAAGGGAGAUCAUGGCAAAGGGAAAGCGUGAACAUGGAUUGUACGUCCUUGAACGAGGAUCAGAAGCUUUACUUGGAGAAAUCCGUACACAGAAACUCAAGGGCUCCUUUGAGCUAUGGCAUUCUCGGCUAGGACAUGUCUCUUUUAAUCUUA